UAGAGAAAAAGUAAAGAACCAACCAUUUAAUUCUUCUCUCUCCACAAAAAAUCGAAAGAGUCUUCAGUUCCAACUCAAACACAACCAAAGCCAUUACCGCCCUUGGCUUGGUAGAGACUGAGAGGUAGUAUCGGAAAUGGACUCGCCGACGUCGAACGGGGGAUCGUCGGCUCGGAUCGUGCCUGCACGAUCGUCUAUGAUUGAGUCUAUCCGUGGCUGCGGUUUGUCGGGGGUACGAAUUGAUAAGGAGAGCUUGAAGAGGAAGCUGCUGAUUCCGCAUUAUCUGCGUCACGCUAUUCGCGAUGCCAUCAGGUCCAGGGACCCUACCAGCGAAGCCGAGCGUUACUUCAAUACCAGUAAAGUUGACAACCGUGAGGAGGCUCCUGAGGGUCCUAUGGCGGUUUUCGUCAAUUCUAGGAGUGGCGGCCGCCAUGGACCUGAACUCAAGGGACGGCUUCAGCAGUUAAUGGGUGAAGAACAGGUCUUUGAUCUCUCAGAUGUGAAGCCUCAUGAAUUUGUUGAAUAUGGGUUAGUCUGCCUAGAGAAGUUGGCUGCCCUUGGUGAUCUUUGUGCCAGAGAUACAAGAGAAAAGAUGAGAAUUAUGGUUGCUGGAGGUGAUGGUACGGUUGGUUGGGUACUGGGGAGUCUUGCAGCACUUAACAGACAGGGGAGGGAGCCAGUUCCUCCUGUAGGAAUCAUUCCUCUAGGUACAGGCAAUGAUCUGGCGAGGAGUUUUGGUUGGGGAGGCUCGUUUCCCUUUGCUUGGAAAUCAGCUGUCAAAAGAUCUCUUUACAGAGCUAUUACUGGUCCAAUUUACCGUCUAGAUAGUUGGCAUCUUCUAGUGUCGAUGCCAGAUGGAUUCGUUGUGGAUACACCCCAUUCUCUGAAACCUACGGAAGAGUGUUCUCUUGAUCAGGGUUUGGAAGUUGAGGGGAAGUUGCCUGAGAAAGCAAAUUGCUAUGAAGGAGUCUUUUAUAAUUACUUUAGCAUAGGAAUGGAUGCUCAAAUAGCUUAUGGCUUCCACCAUUUACGUAAUGAAAAACCUUAUCUUGCACAGGGUCCUAUAACAAAUAAGUUAAUCUACUCCAGUUAUACUUGCAGUCAGGGUUGGUUCCUUACACCGUGCAUAAGUGAUCCAAGUUUGAGGGGCCUCAAAAAUAUCCUGAGGAUGCAUGUUAAAAAAGUUAAUUGCUCAGAAUGGGAGCUGAUUCCAAUUCCUAGAAGUGUAAGGGCAAUAGUUGCUUUAAACCUUCACAAUUAUGGAAGUGGGAGAAGGCCAUGGGGCAGUCCGAACCCAGAGUAUUUGGAAAAGAGGGGGUUUGUUGAGGCCCAUGUUGAUGAUGGUCUGCUAGAAAUUUUUGGGUUGAAGCAAGGAUGGCAUGCGUCUUUUGUUAUGGUUGAACUCAUCUCUGCCAAACACAUAGCCCAGGCGGCAGCAAUUCGAUUGGAAAUAAGGGGUGGGGAAUGGAAACACGCAUAUAUGCAGAUGGAUGGCGAACCCUGGAAACAGCCGAUGAGCAAGGAGUACUCAUCAUUUGUGGAAAUUAAGAGAGAGCCCUAUCAUUCCCUUAUGAUCAAUGGAGAGUAACUUUAUUGGUUUGCCUUUGAUCCAAGUUUGGAUCACUAGGUUUAUUGCUCUAGCAACCGAGGUAAGUGUAAAGUAUGGUUUUCUCCCCAGGUGCUUGUAAAUUAUAUCUUCCAGAUUUUUAGCUGCUGGGCAUUUGUUGUACCAUAUUCAUUUAAUAGGCAAUUCUUGAUUUGGUUUUUUAGCUGCAAAAAAUUGCUUUUAUUUGUUGGAAGAAUGUUUAUCAGGCUUUUGUGGUGCUUCAAUAAAAUGAUUGUAGAAGGAAGAAUGGGUUUCAGUAUUUUAAA